ACCUCCAACGUACAUGCCCACCACACCGCAUUAACUCGCCAUCUCCUACGUACCCUCGCUACCUCAAUCCACCCAUCCUCCACGCACCUUUCAACAUGGUCCGCGACCCCCAAUUCUGGAAACGCUUCAGCGUAGCCGUCCACCAAGACGACCUGGAAAAGAUCAACCACCCCCAGGACACCAAGCAAUCGUACGUCAGCAGUUCCCUAUCCCCUCCCCUUGGAUCACCCACUUCCCAAACACACCUACCCAUCACAUCCCCGCCCAUGGUCCAACUGCAAUCCACACGGUCAUCCUACGCCGCUUCGAAUUCGUUAUCGCCAUUGUCUGUGGAGAUCUUUUCGGGCGGAAUGAAUACGCACACGGUGCAGAAGGAGAAGGAGAAAAAGAAAGAGAGACCUCGCUCCAAACUGCAGAAGACGCCGUCCACGAAACCGUUACUCCGCCCCUCCAUCUCCAUCCAAGAGCUCACCUCUACCACCACACAAAGCGCCUACCAACCGCCAUUCUCCCCCCUCCCCUCAUCCCCCACACACCCACCCCGAUCAACAUCUCGCCCACACUCCUUCUUCCGCACCCCCAACCUCUCCACCCUCUCUCUCAGCCACCUCUCCGGACGCCCACAAUCCCGCUUCCACUUCACCACGACCAUCACGGCUGACGCGUCACACAGAGACUCGUGGCUCGCUAGUCAGCAGCGCAAAGCGAAGCAGCGGACGUGGAUUUGCUGGUGUUUCUGGAUUUGCUUCCUGAUGCUUGUUGCCGGUGUGGUUGUUGCGAUUAUUAUAUUGAAACAGCAUAAGAUCAUUUGAGAAUGAGAGGGGAUGGGAGGGAUGAAGGAACGGUGUAUAUAUGAGUGUGUUUUGGGAUAGACGGAGUGUAUGGGGGCGUUUAAUGUCUUUUUAUUCAGGGUUGGAUUGGGCUGGUGGUUUGGGCAUUUGGAUGCUCGUUCCUGCUAUCCGCGGCUUCUUUCUUUUCGAUGUUUAUACUUUCAGAUGAUACCAGGUCCUACGUGGCCACCAAUGCGAUAUCUGCUUCUUUUUCUUGACAAAA